AUGAAAUCCCAAGACAAUGGACGAUUGCCUCCUCACUACGUCAAGUACCUGCUCGGCUGGGAACCGAAUUCGAGAAGAGUGGCUUCUUUUGCAAAGGGAGAGGAUUUUGAGGGAUUUCACGGUUUAUUUCUGGGGUGGCGAUUGACGUUUCUUCAGACUGGCUCACCUCUGCCCUCUCCUAAAAUCACUGGACUAUUUCCUGGAUCCCACAGAGAAGAUAGGUGA